CUAAACCUUAAUUUUUCUUGUUUACUUCACCUACCCUUCUCAUGAUACCAUUAUUAUUAGGCUAAUAACUUUAUUACAUUCCCACAUAUAAUAUAUAUGAUCUUAUAGACAUAAUUCUCAUACAAGUAGUUGGUAUACAAAAGAGAGAAAUUAUGAUCAAAGAUAGUAAGGGGGAGUUUGCAAAUAAUUCAUUAUCAUCUUCAUCACAAUCAUCAACUUCAUCAUUUGGUUGUGAGAUUAAUGGCCGUCCAUCAUUGUCUUCUUCAUUCUCGGACGUUGAUGAUGGAGAUGUAGAGCAAUUUGGGCUUGAUCAAUGGCUGAGAUUUGUUAACGUGAAGGAGAUUGAUAAGGGUUAUUCCAUGCAUUGGAAAGAAGUGGAAGAACGGUUCGACCGGGUUGCUUUUAGUGAUUUUAAGGGAUAUGAUGACCAUGAGUCCACUCCUACUAUUGAUGCAUCUCAUUUUGGUUUUUGUAUAGGCAUGCAAAAUUCUUCGCAAUUUGCUAGUGCGCUUCUACAAGCACUACAAGGAAGAAAAAAGCUGACCAAACUCACCAAAAGGGAACUUUAUGGCAAUUGGCUUCGCCUUUCCAAUCCUUCUUAUGAUUCUUCCAUCCAAAUUUUAUUUGACAUGUGUGAUAAAGAUAUGGAUGGUAAAAUUACUAAAGAAGAUUUGAAGCAGAUGAUAACGUUAAGUGGUUGUACUAAUAACAUGGGCUUCAAGCAAGAGGAGACAGAGAGAUUUGCAUCUAUGCUCAUGCAAGAAGUUGAUACUCAACAAAAGGGCUACAUUGAGAUGUAUGAGCUAAAAGAGGUCUUGAAAACAGUCAUAACAAAAGAGUACCUAUUAACCGAAGAAAAGUUGACAGUUUACUUCAAUACAUUAAAUUCCGAUAAAAUAAUUUCAAACCAAAAUCAGACAGUUAUUUCAAUGCCGGAGAUCAUAUUUAGAACAUAUUGGCGACGAGCAUGGGUGGUAACACUAUGGUUAUUGGUUUGUAUAUCCCUUUUUACAUGGAAAUUCAUACAAUAUAAACAUAGAGCUGCCUUUCAAGUAAUGGGAUACUGCUUAAGCACAGCUAAAGGGGCUGCUGAAACAUUGAAGCUCAAUAUGGCUCUUAUUCUUCUACCGGUUUGUCGAAACUUGCUAACUUGCCUUAGGAAGAGUCCUCAUAUUAGCUCUAUUGUUCCCUUUAAUGAUAAUAUCAACUUUCACAAGCUAAUUGGAGGAGGCAUAGUGAUAGGAGUGAUUCUACAUGGUGGUACACACCUAACUUGUGACUUGCCAAGAAUAACAACAUGUAAUCCAUUAAUUUUCCAAAGUACAUUUGGGAAUAAAUUUGGCAACCAACAACCUUCAUAUAUAGAGGUUUUGUGUACAACUGAGGUAGCAACUGGGAUUGCCAUGGUCAUUCUAAUGGCCAUUGCCUUUUCUUUAGCAACAAGGAUGCCUCGCCGCCAGUCCACGUCGUUGCCUGAGCCGAUUCGUCGUGUAACGGGGUAUAACACCUUUUGGUACUCUCAUCACUUGCUCAUCCUUGUCUACAUUUUGCUCGUUUUUCACUCCAUGUUCCUUUUUCUCGUCUCCAGUUUUGCUGAGAAAACGACAUGGAUGUACCUGGCAAUUCCAGUUUUUUUGUAUGGUGGUGAACGAAUUUAUCGAAAUAUAAGGUCUGAGAUUGCUGAAGUUAAUGUUAUCCAGGCAAAUAUGUAUCCUGGAAAAGUUCUAAACUUGAAGUUGUCCAAACCAUCAACAUUCAAUUACAAAAGUGGCAUGUAUAUUUUCAUUAAAUGUCCCCAAGUUUCACCUUAUGAGUGGCACCCCUUUUCUUUAACGUCUGGACCAAAUGAUAACCAUCUAAGCAUUCAUGUUAGAAAUCUUGGAGAUUGGAGUUAUCAAAUGCAUAACACAUUCCAUGAAGCAAUGCUGUCAAAGGCAUAUAAUUACCCGAAAGUAUACAUGGACGGACCAUAUGGAGCAGCUUCUCAAGACCAUGUCAAAUAUGAAGUUGUUGUACUCAUUGGUCUUGGCAUUGGAGCAACACCUUUCAUUAGUGUCCUCAAAGACAUUGCAGAUAAACUUCAAAGCCCUCUUAAUUCCAAUCAGAUAAAUAAAAGAUAUUCGGAUUUUUCAAAAGGACCCUUAAAAGCCUAUCUCUAUUGGGUGACUAGGGAACAUGGUUCAUUAGGUUGGUUUAAAGAUGCCAUGAAGGAAAUUUCACAAGCUAACCAAAAGCAGCGAGUGAUAGAGAUGCAUAACUUCCUUACUAGUGUACAUAAAAGUGGAGAUGCAAGAUCAGUGUUCUUAACCAUUAUUCAAGCCCUAUACUUUGCAAAGACGGGUCUUGACGUUUUCUCUCAAACUCAGGUGCCGACACAUUUUUCGCGACCAAAUUGGUUCACAGUAUUCUCGAAUUUGGCUCUUAGACAUGUUGGCUCAAACAUUGGAGUAUUCUACUGUGGCCCGUUAAAGUUGGCGAGAGAGCUGCAAGAUUUGUGCACCCAAUUUUCUUCUAAAACCACAACUAGAUUUGUGUUCCACAAAGAAAGCUAUUGAUUCAAUGUAAAAAAAUUUAGAUUAAACUUAGUUUAUUUAAUCUUACCAAAAUCAAAGUGAAUAGUAAGAUGAUUUAUAUUGUUAGAAACAUUAGUUAUUUAUUGGAUUAAAAAUUUGAUUAUUUAGUUAGUAAUUGUAAAUAUAUUACUAUGUAUUUGUACGUUUUUGUCAAUUACUCAUUGGUCUAUUUAAAAUUAAUAUUAUGACAGAUAAUUUCAUUUAUUGAAAUAAAUUUAAUGUAAUAAA